UUGACCAGUUUAUUCUUGGGUCGAUUAGAAGAGCAAAAGCAACCGCAAUGGUGAUGCGAAAUCAAAUAUUGCGAGUUUGGACAAAAACAAUAUAGAUACAAUAACCGUUUGUGUGAUGUGAAUAAAGCUGAAAUUGAUUUUUACUUCUAUUUUUAGAAUAUGAGAAAAAAGUCACGUGAAAAGAGGAGGGUGACCAAGAUGUGUUUACCACGUGUUUUCGAUUUUUCAUGCAAAACAUGGAUAAUAAAAAUUAAACCAGCUUUAUAACAACUUAAGAAAUAGUUUCCUGAGUGAGUUGAAGCAAAUCGUCUUACUGUUGAUUGAGCUUGGCAGCUUUUGCUGCUUGACGAGAAGAUGGGAGGCUACAUCUGCAACGGACCAUAACGUUUAGCUAGGGAGGAGAGCUAUGUCCCUUUCUUCAAACCUCCGUAGCGACUAUAGUGACAAACCACAGUAUUAUUUUUUCUCCAGCUAAGCAAUUCAGAAGACACCGCAAAGUGCUUUCCAAGCGAAGUCGAUGACCUGUCUGGUCUACUCUGUUUAACUGUUAACUAUUAAGGAGAGAAAUAUUAUUUGGCCUAUCCUCCACAGCGAGAGUAUCUGGUGCUUUUAGAUUCUUUGUGGAUAACCAGACAAGCGUUAUUCUUCACCUAACUGUGCUGACAAUACAUUUCACAAAUGCAAACAUUAAAGAAAUUCACAGCUAAAUGCUCGGCAGAACUGUGACAAACAUGAAAUUCCAAUGCAGGCUAUCAGCACUUUUUGUGCUGUACUGUGCCCUCGGACCAGCAUUCGCGGCAUCACUCACUAAGCGAGAGGCACCUCUUCCUGGCGGUAGCUAUCUGCCACCGUCAAGCGGAGGAGGUGCAGGUGGUUAUCCACCUGCUGGACCGCCAAGCGGAACCUAUGGGCCCCCGAGUAAUGGUAACGGAGGUGGUUAUCCGUCUGGCGGAAGUUCUCCAUCGCAGCAGUAUGGUGCACCAACGCAGGGUGGCGGCUUCGGAGGACAAACUCCUUCUCAACAAUAUGGAGCACCAUCCAUACCAUCUCAACAGUACAGUGCUCCAUCUAACGGUAACGGAAACGGUUUUGGACCACGUCCACAAGCUCCAUCUCAGCAAUAUGGCGCUCCAUCUCAAGGAGGCAGUUUCGGCGGAUCAUCUCCAGCUCAACAAUACGGUGCUCCAUCAGCUCCAUCACAGCAAUAUGGUGCUCCAUCAAACGGCUUCGGUGGACGUGCACAAGCACCUUCCCAACAAUACGGUGCCCCAAGUAAUGGUCAUGGCUCGCGUCCCCAAGCCCCAUCUCAGCAGUAUGGUGCCCCAUCUGGGGGUGCUCCUUCGCAACAGUAUGGUGCCCCAUCUGGCGGUGCUCCCUCUCAGCAGUACGGUGCCCCAUCUGGCGGUGCUCCAUCACAACAGUAUGGCGCCCCAUCGCAACAGUACGGUGCUCCAAAUAACGGAAACGGUGGAUCUCGUCCACAAACUCCUUCGCAACAGUACGGUGCCCCAUCUCAGCAACACGGUGGCCCAAGCCAUGGAAACGGUGGAUCUCGUCCUCAAGCUCCAUCUCAACAGUACGGUGCCCCAUCUCAGCAAUACGGAGCUCCAAGCAGCGGAAACGGUGGAUCUCGCCCUCAAGCCCCAUCUCAGCAAUACGGUGCUCCAACCGGGGGUGCGCCCUCUCAACAGUAUGGAGCCCCAAGUAACGGAAAUGGACACGGUAGCGCUCCCUCUCAGCAAUACGGUGCUCCAUCACAACAGUACGGUGCCCCCAGUAACGGAAAUGGUGGAUCCCGUCCACAAGCUCCAUCUCAACAAUACGGUGCACCAUCCGGUGGUGCUCCAUCCCAGCAAUACGGAGCCCCGUCUGGCGGUGCACCAUCCCAGCAAUACGGCGCCCCAUCCAGUGGUGCUCCUUCCCAGCAAUACGGAACUCCAAGCAAUGGCAAUGGUCAUGGCUCCAGUGGUGCAUUCCGCCCACAAGCUCCUUCUCAGCAAUACGGAGCUCCAUCGAGCGGUGUACCAUCUCAACAAUACGGCGCGCCGGCUCAGUCUCGCCAGUCCGGACCUCCGGCCACUAGUUAUGGUGUUCCAGCUGGUCCUUCCAAUGGAGGACGUCCUUCUAGCCAGUAUGGUGCCCCUGCUCCAGGAGGAAAUGGAAAUGGAUUUGGAGGACGCCCAAGUCAACAGUAUGGAGCACCAUCGUCUGCAGUGGGCCGUCCUUCGAGUCAAUAUGGAGCACCCGCUCCAGGAGGUAAUGGAAACGGAUACUCUCCAUCUCAACAAUAUGGUGCCCCGUCUGCAGGUGGCAAUGGAAAUGGUUUCGGAGCACGCCCAUCUCAGCAAUAUGGUGCCCCAGCUCCAUCCAGUAACGGAAAUGGUUUUGGAGCACGUCCCUCUCAACAGUAUGGAGCACCGUCUUCCGCGGUGAGCCGUUCUUCAAGCCAGUACGGAGCGCCUGCUCCAGGAGGAAAUGGAAACGGACAUGGACCAUCUCAGCAAUACGGAGCACCGGCUCCCGGUGGAAAUGGCUUCGGAGCUCGCCCAAGCCAAUCCUAUGGUACACCAUCCGCUAGUUCCAGCCGCCCUUCUUCUCAAUACGGCGCCCCAGCUCCGGGUGGUAAUGGAGGAACUCCAUCUUCACAAUACGGUGCUCCUGGAAAUGGACAUAGUGGCUCUCCUUCUUCUCAAUAUGGAGCCCCUUCAGCACCAUCUCAGCAAUACGGUGCUCCCAGCCAAUCCUCAUCUUCCCAAUUCGGUGCCAUUUCCGCUCCAUCUCAACAGUACGGUGCCCCAAGUAACGGUAACAAGCACAGCAGUGGAGGUUACCAAUCGAGUGCAGCAGCCGGAAAUGGAUUUUCGCAAGCCUCGUUCUCGGCCAGUAGUUAUUCGUCGAACGGCAAUGGAGCAUCUUCUAGCAGCGGAUACAGUUCCGGUAAACCCGAAUCGUCCAUUCCAGACACCAUUCCACAAUCAUACACUUCAGGUGGUGGCUACAAUUACUAAGUACUGACCAAACUUUAACCCUCACCGCCUAUCAAACACACUGAUCGUGACAAGCCCAGAUUGAAAUGUGCCGUAAAUCAUAGCGUUAUACUUACUUUACUAUCACUUUUGAAUAAUUCUGUUUCCCAAUGUACAAACAAUUUGGCCCCCCUUAAAAUGAAACAAAAAACUAAUCGAAAUACUCCCGUACACUUCUCAAAUGCUGUAUGCCAAUGUGAAUAUCUUGAACGGAACUAUGUUUUAACUGUUUAUUAUUAAUUAAUUUAAAUUAUUGUAAUAUUAUAGGUUAGAUUUAUGUUUUGCAUGAUGUGAAACACAGCUUGAAAGAAAGAACCAGAAGUCUUGACAGCAGGAAACCGAGCGAAUUGUAUAGAAAGGAAAGUACGAAUGCUGUAGGCAAGAUUUCAACAACGCAAGCUAGCUCACACAUUUUGUACUGAUGCACGAGGCAACGCAUACGCGCGCAAAUCGACGAUACGUAUUAUGCAUUUACUGGCGCGAGAUACGUAUCAACGCAUUUUCAUUCAUUCGCAAACGGGUUGAUUUGGUCCGAAAUUUUGGAUUCAUUUUGUCUUUGCAUGAAAUUGUUUCGCAAAUAGUUGGACAACACGUUUGUAAGCAGGAGCACAAGAGAGAAAAAACAAGAAAAAAACGACAAAUAAAACAAUGCAUUUGCAAUCAUCAUUUUCCUCCAAAAUUUCGCGUGUGUUGGUGCAUUGAGCAGGAUAUCCGAAUCCCGAUGUUGUUUUUUUAUAGGAAGAAU